AUGACAUCAUCACAUCAUCAAUCCACAGACGAAGUCGACUUGAUUGUCCAAAAUACUCUUUGGGUGAUCCCGGCCACUGCCAUGGCAUAUUCUCACCAUGAGGCUAGUCCAAGUCGUGACAUCAACAGAAGGAGUUAUUCAAUGGAAAAAGAACAGCAGCGUCGAUCGGAAGAUCACAUAUCUCACCUUGCUGAUCCCUUUGGGGAUGAAGAACUUUCCGAAGUCAAGUAUCGGACGUUACAAUGGUGGCAAUGCGGCAUGAUCAUGAUCGCAGAAACCAUAUCCCUUGGUAUUCUGUCCCUUCCGUCGGCUAUGGCAGUGGUAGGCCUUGUCCCUGCACUCAUUCUCAUCGUCGGGCUUGGUAUCGUCGCAACAUAUACUGGAUAUGUGAUCGGUCAAUUCAAACUUCGAUACCCGCAAGUACAUAGUAUGGGGGAUGCCGGGGAGGUGAUGUUCCAUCCAAUUGGUCUAGCUCGCUUUGGUAGGGAGUUUUUGGGAUCGGCUCAGCUGCUCUUUCUCAUCUUCGUCAUGGGUAGUCAUAUCUUGACUUUCAGUGUCAUGAUGGAUACAAUCACAGAUCACGGCACCUGCUCGAUUGUAUUUGGGGUUGUUGGCUUGGUCGUGUCGUUCAUCUUUGCCUUGCCUCGGACGCUUCGCAAAGUCUCUUGGUUUUCGUUUGCUUCUUUUGCAAGUAUCCUUGCCGCCCUUCUAAUUACUAUGAUCGCCAUUGCUAUUCAGCGCCCGGGUGACGGCAAGAUUGACGCGACUACAACAGUUAGUCUUUCAAAGGGAUUCCUAGCCGUGACAAAUAUUGUAUUUGCUUAUGCUGGCCACGUGGCUUUCUUUGGCUUCAUUUCGGAGAUGGAAACUCCAACGGACUACCCCAAGACCCUAUACAUGCUCCAGAUAAUUGAUACAAGUAUGUAUGUGAUAGCUGCUGUUGUUAUAUACGUCUACGGUGGGAAAGAUGUGGCUUCACCCGCUCUAAGUUCGACAAGACCCAUAACCGCAAAGCUGGCAUAUGGAAUUGCUAUUCCUACGAUUGUCAUAGCCGGUGUCAUCAACGGGCAUGUCGCGUCAAAAUAUGUUUACGUCCGCCUGUUCCGGGGCACUGAUCAUAUGAAGAGGCGCACAUUCUUAUCGAUCGGGUCCUGGAUUGCGAUUAGCCUUGUGUUAUGGGUGAUAGCCUGGAUUAUCUCCGAGGCAAUCCCAGUGUUCAAUACUUUGCUAAGUCUCAUUACUUCCCUUUUCGCUAGCUGGUUUACCUACGGCCUUAGUGGGAUAUUCUGGUUGUUCAUGAAUCGAGGCCAGUAUAUGGCUUCCUGGAAAAAGAUGGCUCUAACUGCUAUCAACUUGGUGAUUGUCGCGAUUGGUGCUUGCUUGUGUGGGAUGGGUCUCUGGGUUUCUGAAGUGGAUGAAGCUCGAGGCUCGGAGCAGUGCACAUACGGCGUACGAAACUUCGUGUAUGUCAAUGAAAUUUCGGAACAGCCAUAUGUCGGCUGGAUUUCUAGUGAAUUAAUAUUGGAGAUGCCCCGGAACUUCCCCACAUGGAGGAAGUGGGUGAUCACCAUAAUGCUAGGGAUGAUGACAGUCUGUAUUACCUUCGGCUCCUCGGUCUUUAGCACAGCAACAAAAGUGACAGCGAAGAAGUUUGGUGUCUCCCGAGAAGUAAUGCUAUUAGGUGUCAGUUUGUUCGUCCUGGGUUUUGCCUUUGGACCUAUCAUCUUCGGACCACUGUCUGAACUGUACGGCCGGAAGCGACCCCUGUUUCUGGGCAUGUUUGUCUUUGCAAUCUUCCAGAUCCCCGUUGCGGUAGCAGAGAACUUGCAGACUAUCUUCAUAUGUCGCUUCCUGGGCGGACUCUUUGCUAGUGCACCUCUUGCCAUUGUAUCCGGUGUCUUGGCCGAUAUGUUCGAGCCCGUAGAGCGAGGUAUCGCAAUGGCCAUAUUCGCCGCGGCAACCUUCAUCGGCCCAGUAGCUGGACCAAUCGUCGGUGGGUUCAUAACAAUGUCCUACCUGGGUUGGCGUUGGACGGAAUACAUUACAGUGAUUUGGGCGUUUGCAAUCUCUGGUAUCGGAAUCUUAGUAAUUCCAGAGACGUUUGAGGGAACCUUGCUCAAGCAACGCGCUAAGUGCCUGCGCAUCAAAACCAAUAACUGGGCUCUUCAUGCAAAGGUAGAAGAAAGGGUGAUGAGUCCAAGAGAUAUAUUGGUACGGUAUCUCCUCCGUCCGUUUCAAAUGCUCGUGCAGGAACCCAUUCUUUUGUUUAUGACCUUGUAUGUGGGCUUUAUCUAUGGGUUUCUGUACAUGUGUUUCGUGGCCUACCCGAUCUCUUUCCAAGAACAGCGUGGCUGGAACGAUGGCGUUGGCGCACUGCCAUUCGUCGCUAUCAUGUGUGGUGUUCUUUGCGCUUGUUUGAUCAUAGUAGUGUUUUCAUUGACACGGUAUCGAACGUUCAUACUGCGCAAUGGCCGAGUUCGGCCGGAGGAACGGUUGCUUCCUAUGAUCAUUGGAGGUAUCCUGCUGCCCGCGGGCAUGUUUUGGUUUGGCUGGACGUCAAAUCCCCACAUCACUUGGGUUCCGCAGGUCAUAUCGGGGAGCUUCUUGGGAGCAGGGGUCCUAUUGAUCUUCUUGCAGGUAUUUUUAUUCCCAUUAGAAUCUCCAGCACACAAUAGAGAUACUCACGAUGACUAUCAGGGCCUCAAUUAUAUCGUCGAUGUGUAUCCCAUGUAUGCAAACUCUGCAAUAGCAGCGAACUCCUUCUUUCGUUCAUGGCUAGGGGCUGGAUUUCCUAUGUUUGCGUCAGCAAUGGUGUGUUUUGUCCCGUUCCUAGCACCACACGAAUUGAGUUGA